AUGGGUUCCAAGCGUAGCCCAACAAACCUCCUCACGCUCACUCUCACUUUGUUCGCGGCUGCGGUACUACCCCACGCCCGCGCUGCACUCUUCACAGACCCAUCGGCGCUCCCCCAGUACAAGGCGUAUGACUACAUCAUCGUCGGCGCAGGCCCUAGCGGCAGCGUGCUGGCGAGCCGACUGACGGAGAACGCGCACACGAACGUCCUUCUCAUUGAGGCCGGCCCCAACGAUGCGGGCGAGUUCGAUCUCGAGGUCCCGCUGCUCGCGUCGCAGCUGCAGCCCAACACGGCGUUCGACUGGAACUACACAACUGUCGCCCAAUCUGGGCUCGAUGGACGCACUGUUCCCUACCCGCGUGGUCGUGUACUUGGUGGGGGCACUAGCAUCAGCAAGUAUCCAUCCCUUACGACGUCUAACUUCAUGAUCUACACUCGUGGCUCGAAGGACGACUUCGACAACUACGCCGCACUGACUGGUGACGAGGGCUGGUCGUGGAACGCGCUGCAGCCAUAUUUCAAGAAGCUCGAGCACUUGGUCCCUCCCGCCGACGGACACGACACGACCGGGGAGGUCCUUCCGAGCAUCCACGGAACAUCCGGACCCCUCAAUAUCAGUCUCCCUGGGGCGCCGCUCCCUUCAGACUCGCGUGUUAUACAGACCACACAGGAGUUGAGCAGCGAGUUCCCUUUCAACGAGGACAUGAGCUCCGGCAACCCACUCGGCAUCGGUUGGAUGCAGGGCACGUUCGGGGGCGGAGCGCGUGUGAGCGCGUCCGUGGCGUACCUCCAGCCGGUGCUAGGUCGCAGCAACCUGGAUGUGCUCGUCGACACCACCGUGACCAAGCUCACUCAGACGGGAACGAAGGACGGCGAGCCCGUAUUCCGCGGCGUGCAGUUCGCGCAAUCGAGCAGCGCACCUAAAUUCGCUCUCAACGCAACCCAAGAAGUCAUCCUCGCCGCCGGGUCCGUCAACACGCCCCAGCUGCUCAUGCUCUCCGGCAUCGGGCCCGCCAAAGCCCUGAAGGCGCUCGGCAUCAAGCCCAUCCUCGACCUCCCCGACGUCGGCCAGCAUCUCGCGGACCACCCGUUCCUCACGAACCAGUUCGGGGUGGCAGACAGCAGCGACGACCUGAUUGACAACGUCUCCCGUAACGGGACGUUCGCAGGCGCGCUCGUCGGCGAGUGGCUCGCUGCGAAGCAGGGUGCCAUGACUGUUGGGGGGCAAAGCCAGCUUGGGUGGCUCCGCAUCCCCGCGAAUGACAGCGCGUUCAAGGGCACGUCUGACCCUAGCGCAGGCCCGCUCUCGCCGCAUUACGAGUUUCUGUUCGCGCCCGGCUUCGUAUCAUCUGGCGGUACACCUGCCCCAACCACCGGCUUCUUCAAUACCUUCUUCACAGCUCUGGUCACGCCCACCUCCCGCGGAACGGUCACCCUCGCCUCCACCGACCCCUUCGCAGCCCCCAUAGUCGACCCGAACUUCCUCAGCACGCCCUUCGACAUUGCCGCGAUGCGCCACGCCGUGCGCUCCAUCGUGCGCUUCGCCUCCGCCCCCGCCUGGAGCGACUUCCUCACGGGCCCCGCGGCAGACUUCGCGGACGUCGACAUUGACGACGACGAUUCGGUCGACGCGUGGGCGCGCGCGCAGGCGAGCACGAUCUGGCACCCCGUCGGGACCGCGCGCAUGGGGAAGUGCGGGGACGCGGGGGCGGUCGUGAACCCGGACUUGACGGUCCAGGGCGCGCGGGGGCUGCGGAUCGUGGAUGCGAGUGUUCUGCCCCUCAUCCCGGCGGCGCAUCCCCAAGCUGCGAUAUACGCGUUCGCGGAGCGAGUCGCCGACCUGAUCAAGAACGGGACGAGCUCCUGUGAGUGA